AUGAACCAUGACAUAUUUUUACAUAAAGUCAAUCCCCCCAGGAUCCUCUGGGAUGAAAGUCGGAGCUUGGGUUAUUGUGGUUUCAUGGACACUGUUGAAGACACAUAUUCACCAUUUGCGGUCUACUACAGCAGUGGCAGGAACCAAUUCUUGUCAAUCUGCUUUGCAUCAACUUUCGGUCUACGACAUGUACCUGAUAAUGCAUGUCGCAUCACCUUUCGCAUUGUUCUGCAAAAAUGCGAACUACAUACUGGAAGUUUUCCACCCUCAUCAGAUGCCGUUGCUCACUCCAAUGUAAACCUCAAGAACAAGGAACUCAACAGAAUGAAAUGUGGCAGAACUACUCUCAACAUUUUCACUGGCUGGGUCCCUCACUGGGAUAUGCCUCCAUGUCCCCCAAACAUGCCCCUGGAAGCAACAGCAUGGAAGCCUCCCUGCUGGAAGAAACACUUGUCUAUGGCUACGGUCAGGAUCCACGGCAUAUCUGUGCGGAACUUGAUGACUACAGCUCUCAUUGUCAUCACAAGCACUAGCGUGCGCAACCGCCCAUCUAAAUUGGAGUGCCCAAUGGCAGGAGAACACCAGCCAAGUUGUAUGGACUUUCCUCUUCGUCUUCCAGGAGAUGUUGCCAAGAAACAUGUUCUCGAGAUGAUGUGUACACCCCUGCACGUUGACAUUGGAGCACCCACCCACUGUCAGAAAAACACCAGUCAGCCGGUACAGCCUCUUCUGUGGCCCUUCCGCUGGAUGUACCGAGGAACCUGGCCUCAAGGUGGUUUCCACUCCCCUGUGAAAAAGCAACUCAAAUCCUGGAAGCAAGCAAAAUAUGGCCCAUUGCCGUUCGCUUUUAUGAACUUUGCACUUGUGAUUCACUUUGCUUCAAAAGGUUUCUUCGAUGACGUUGCAUUGACAAUGACCCAAGCCUGA